AUGCUUGGGGAAAAAAACUUUGAAGAAGGCCGCCCUAGCAAGCAACCUAUUGAGAUCCCUUUGUCUGAAGCUGAUUUCGAAGCAAUGAAGCUUGUCUGUAACGCCAUUCACACUCCUGUUCAAACUAAGCUACAUACCCUGAACGUGGGCAAAUUGGCCCAGAUUUAUGAGGCUACCAACGAGUACGAUCUCGUCGAUGCUGUCUCCCUCUCGUUCGAAUGA